CGCAACAACAAACCGAUCACAUCUCUUUUGCGACUCGGACUCCGCCAGCACCUCUAUCUCCGAGACCUCCAUCAAUCUUCCUAUCUCCAUCGCCCCCCAACUUUGCAAGCCUUCGAAAACGUUGGUUAGCAGCAGGCACGGGGUUUAAUCGCAUUUAACGUUGGCCCACUGCGUCGUCAGUCGCCCUCAAUUGAUGCUGCUGCCUGCGCUUCGCCACUCCGCGCAACCGCAAACACGUCAGUCACAAACACCUGUGGCUGACAAACCAAUCCCAUCCACGCCUCUGUACCAGCACAACACUCCGUUUGCAAUGGCAACUCAAUUCCAACCCUCCGCAUCGUCCUCUUCUCGCUUUCCUCAAACUCCCACAAAGGACAACAGCAACAACAACCACAAGGAUAUGCCAUCAACCCCCGCUGCCCCGUCAAUGGCCGCCGAGUCGAAGAAGGCGUUGGACAUCAGCAACUUGAUGUCGCCACCCGAGCCGGUCCUCUACGAGAAUUUCAAUCCAGCAUCCUCAUCAGUCUCUGGCACGAUGCAGCGGCCGACGACAGAGAAGCGCCAAGUGCCAAAUCCUCCCCUCUCGCCACCCAUCUCGCCCUUCACCAAGACAAGCAACAAUAUCAGCCCCGAGCCGACAUUGACUGCGCCCGUCAAGGACCCAAUUCUCUAUCCAACCUCAGACGUCGCACCGAGCCCGCCCAACCCUCUCUUCAGUCCGAGCGAGUCCUCCUUCCACAGCGACACACAGAGGUUGGUUGACGAGCAUCUCGCGGCACGACCCGCGGCACUCUUCAAUCGGGGAGCGACGCCACCCCAGAGGGAGGAAUACGAGCUAGCGCUGUUCUUCCAGUCGGAGGUCCUGAAGAAGUUCAUGGCCAGCCCUCAGGGAUGGCUGCGCAAGGAACGCGAGCUCUUGGCUGCCGACAGGAAGACCCUGGCUGGCCGCGGCCCCUCCAGACUCGCCCCAAUCCUCGCAGCAAGGCCGUUGGCCUCGAGGCCGCAACCCAUUCGGAACCAUGCCACUAAGGUUCAGAAGCCAGAGAGGCCCAAGCAACCGAAGCAGCCGAAGCAGCCGAAGCAAACCGUGCGGCAGGCUCGGACAACGCCACCAGGAGCGGUUCGAUCCACCAUCCGUGUGAGCACCACGCCUGAUGAGCCGCGAGCUCGAACUGUGGCGCCCAAUCGAGAGGAUAAGGAUUUCGACUCGUUGCCGGACUACUCCCCGCCCAUCUCGUCGCUCCCCAACAAAGCGAACAGCCUGAAGGUUGAAUGGAAGGGCAAUCCGCUCGACCUGAGCAAGGACCCCAACGCCUGGCGUCUCCAUGCCGAUGAGAUUGCCCUGGCUGCGAGCCUGCGGUUGGAUUGCGCUACAUACCUGACCAGCAAGCGGCGCAUCUUCAUCCGCCGCCUCGAGUGCGCAAGAAUGCCCAAAGAUUUCCGGAAGACUGAUGCCCAACAGGCGUGCAAGAUUGAUGUCAACAAGGCAUCGAAGCUCUGGACCGCGUUCGAGAAGGUUGGCUGGUUGGACCUCCACUGGAUGGGCAGGCACCUCAAGGCCAUGUAGCCCACACACACCCUAAGCACCCAGUUCCCACCGUUCACCAACGGUCGGCCACCUCUCUGCUCACGACCUUGACGGAACUGGACAUGAGA